AUUACAAACUGGGAAAUCUGAUUGGAUGACGUUUAAGUAGGCGGUUGCGCAGUAGAGCCAUACCGAGCUGGGGGCGAUCGUUAUGCGCGGAAUUACAUUACUUUGUAGGCUUUAUUCAUCCAAAGAAACUACGUCUAUAUUGUGAUAAGAUACAAAUAUGAAUAUGAACAGGCGGUGUGUCGUUUAUUGAACAACACCGUCCAUAAAAGAGCGUUUGGAUGGCUAGUUCUGCUCUGUUGUCAUGUCUUCGUCGGCGUCUAGUGUCGCUAGCUAACGUGCUAACCGCAUCUGUUGAGUGCUAACGUUAGCUAGGCUAGCUAGCUUUCUAAUAUUGGUGGCGAAUUGGAUAUCGAUCGUCGGAUAUUUACCUACGCUGGCCAAGCGGUUAAAGUUUCUGAUGUUUCCCGUCGUAACGUUUGCUGGUCAGGGCGACUGGUACCUGUGGUGAUCCAAUGUUUAGGUGAUGUUGUAUUGUUGAAAAAGGAGCGGGCUGGCCGGGGUUUUUAUGCUAGCCCAGUCACUCACGUUAGCUAGUUGGGCAGCUAGCUAGCUAGCUAGUUUUGACAAUUACAUUUACUCUUUGCUGUUUUAGUACAUGGGCGGAGGUGUUGCUCUGUUUUAAUGGCUCCUCAAAAGUACACGGGUCAGGUUAUGAGCAGUGCUUCCAACUGCAAGGCGAAUGGCACGGUAUACCCGACCUCGGCGGCGGUGGCCGUGAACACUGCGAAGAAGCCCAAGAUGGAACAGAUUCAAGCCGACCACGAGCUUUUCCUGCAGGCCUUCGAGAAGCCUACGCAAAUAUACAGAUUUCUACGGACAAGAAACCUAAUUGCUCCAAUCCUGCUACACAGGUCCCUCACCUUCAUGUCUCACAGAAACUCGCGAUCUAACGCCAACAGAAAAAUAUUUAAAGUGGAUGACAUGCUUGCAAAAGUGGAGCAGAUGAAGGGGGAACAGGAAUCUCACAGCUUAUCAUCACACAUGCAACUGACGUUUACUGGAUUCUUUCAUAAGACUGAUAAGCCAUGUCAAAAUUCAGAAAAUGGACAAAACUCAGUUUCUCUUGAGGUGCUACUCGUCAAAGUCUGCCAUAAAAAGCGUAAGGAUGUCAGUUGCCCCAUAAAGCAAGUGCCUACGGGGAAAAAGCAGGUGCCUUUGAACCCAGAUGUCAGCCAAGCCAAGCCUGGUGCCUUCCCCUCCCUGCUGGUGUCCAGCACAGAGUUUGAGCCUAGCAACAGCCACAUGGUGAAAUCCUACUCACUCCUGUUUAGAGUGACUCGCCCAGGGAAGAGAGACCCCAAUGGCUUUAUUACCGGAGAGACAGAUGAGAAUAUCGCAGAUGUGAAGGAGGAGCUGGCAAGCAGGAAGAAGAGGAGCACAUCUCACCGUGACGACGGGGAUGCCACCGAGACGUUUGUUGCACAGAUGACCGUCUUUGAUAAGAACAGGCGGCUACAGCUGCUGGAUGGCGAGUAUGAGGUAUCCAUGCAGCAGAUAGAAGACUGUCCUGUGAGCAAGAAAAGAGCCACGUGGGAAACCAUCUUGGAUGGAAAGAGGCUGCCCCCAUUUGAAACCUUCUCUCAGGGACCAACCCUACAGUUCACUCUCCGCUGGACCGGGGACGCCAGCGACCCCUCGACGGCGCCGGUGGCCAAGCCGCUUUCCACGCGCAACUCCGACGCCAGCGUCCCCGAGAGCCGCCCCGCCACCCUCAGAUCCGCCCCCAUGGCUGUGAAAGACACGGUGACCAACACCAGCAGCAGUACUGGCGUGCAAACCAGGAGGGAGCAGUCCGUCUGUGAGCCCAGACAGAAGCUCCGCAUCUUCUACCAGUUCCUGUACAACAACAACACACGGCAGCAGACGGAGGCCCGGGACGACCUGCACUGCCCCUGGUGCACGCUGAACUGCAGGAAGCUCUACAGCCUCCUCAAACACCUCAAACUCUCCCACAGUCGCUUCAUCUUCAACUACGUGCCUCAUCCUAAAGGCGCCAGGAUAGACGUGUCCAUAAACGAGUGCUACGACGGCUCCUACGUGGGGAAUCCCCAGGACAUCCACAGCCAGCCUGGCUUCGCCUUCAGCCGCAACGGCCCUGUCAAGAGGACGGCUGUCACACACAUCCUGGUCUGCAGGCCCAAGCGGACCAAACCGAGCCUGUCGGAGUUCCUGGAGUCGGAGGACGGCGAGCCGGAGCAGCAGCGCACGUACGUGAGCGGCCACAACCGCCUGUACUUCCACAGCGAUAGCUGCAUGCCCCUGCGCCCGCAGGAGAUGGACGUGGACAGCGAGGACGAGCGGGACCCCGAGUGGCUGCGGGAGAAGACCGCCACGCAAAUCGAGGAGUUCACGGACGUGAAUGAGGGAGAGAAGGAGGUGAUGAAACUCUGGAAUCUCCACGUCAUGAAACACGGAUUUAUAGCUGAUAACCAGAUGAGUCAAGCCGUGAUGCUGUUUGUGGAGAACUGCGGCCCCCACAUCACGCGCAGGAACCUGUGCCGCAACUUCUUGCUGCACCUGGUCAGCAUGCACGACUUCAACCUGGUAACCACGGCGACCAUCGACCGCGCGAUGGUGCGCCUGCGGGAGAUCCAGGCAGAGCUCCCGGAGCUGGAGGAAGGACAGGACGGCGUGGGCGGAGCCUGCAACGGCCAUGCCGUCUCCUCAGGGUUCUCUCUGCACGGCAAGCGCACCAAGAGCGCCGUUACAGACUGACUGCCAAGCGGACCCCCACCAGACCCGAGGGUCCUGCGAUCAACUCCACUGUGGCUCUGGAGCUCGCCGGGACUCUGCUGGACAUCUAGAAAGCACAGCAUUCUUCUGUGGAUCUAUAAGUCACAGAAACUGUGCUGGUGCUCCUAUAGUUUAUAGAAACUUUGCUAGAGUUCUAGGCCAGAGACUGGCUGGGAGCUCUAGAGCCAGAGUCGGGUUGACUUUAGAUGAGGCAGGGUCUGCCCGGGCGAAACUGUCUGGAAUGGCCGCAUUUUAAACUCAAAUGGCCUCCCUUUUUAAGAAUUGAUGCGAUUUUUGACUGAAUGCUGCGUUUAUUUUUUUCCCUCUUCACCUCUCUGCCACACACUGAUUCAUGUCUUUUCUGAAAGUCCCCUUUCUUUUGGGACAGCAGCUUUGAUCUGCCCUCAAUCAUGGCAGCGAUGCGUUCAUAUUGUUUGCAUCAUGCUAUAAUUUGAAUCACUGUAGAAUGGGAACACUGUUUUGACUUUAUUUUUAUGCAUAUAUUCAUUUCUCACAGUUGCUUCAGUGGUCCAUUAGCAUGUUAGUUCUUGUUUCCCUACUUGUUUCAAUAGCUGAUGGUUCCAAAUGUUCGUUUUUUUGUUGUUGUUGUUUUGUUUUCUUUUCUUUUCUUUCACAUGUCAAGACUCAAACAAUGCUCCCUGGACUGUUUUGACUGGGGCACAUGAAACUCACCCAUGUGUUUUCUAGAUCAACAAUCAAAGGCGGAAUGCAGUUUUUCUGAAGAACUGCAGUUGCCAUCAACACCCAACCCACCGACGCUUCCAUAUCCCAUUCGUGUGGAGUGUAAUGACUUUCUUGGAGUGUGGCACCUUUCCUAUGUUGUCUCAGCAUUACUAAUUAAUCAGCAAUAUUAUACAUGUGUUCAAGCUUGUAACCCCCCCCCCCCCCCCAUUGCCUUGAGUAUAGGCUAAUGGCACACUUGAUUUAAAUGUGUUUUACAAAAUUUAACUGCUUUUGAGAACAAGCGUGUGUGUGAAAGGAUGGAGGGACCAUUGCAAACCCUCUCCACCAGAUGAUUUGUUUUCUCAAGAAACAGCUGAACACAUGUAGAAUAGUUUUUCCAGACCUGGAAAACUGGUUAGGACUUUGAACCAGUAUAUUAAUGGCUACGGUGGACAAGUUAUAGUAUAUAAAAUGCCAAAGUGUAUGAAAUACAUCCCCCCUCCCCUUUCAAUAUACAGUGUAUAUUUCAAUUUGUUCAUUUUGCAAAAUUGCAUAGGUUUCCCUGUAACAUGAAAAUAUAUGACAAAUUAAAAUCUUGACUAAUUUCAUUGAAAAA